CCUCUGACUGACAGUAGCGUCUUCCGAAAAAUGUCGUGCCCUGGCGCAGUCUAAGGGUGUACCGCUGCCAUGGACAGCGAGCAGUCGGACAGCCUGGAAGGCUGGGUGCCGCUGCGCGAAGACCUCUUCCCAGAGCCCGAGCGCCAUCAGCUGCGUUUCCUGGUGGCCUGGAACGCCGCAAAGGGCCAGUUCGCCGUCACCUGUCACGACCGCACGGCGCAGCGGCGGCGGCGCGGGCGGCAGGAGGCCGGCGACCAGGGGUACAGCUGGGCCGGGGUGCUGUCGGCCGCCGGGUUCCGCGGCGCGCACCGGCAGCUGGCGGCGCUGUGGCCCGCCCUGGAGCCCUGCUUCCCGCCGCUGCCGCCCGAGCUGGACGGGGCGAGCGGAGCGGGCUGGGGGGUGGGGCGCUGGCUGUGGGCGCUCCUGUGGCCGGCGCCUGCGGACCUCGGCGACGCGGGGCUCCAGGAGCUGUGCCGACAGCUGGAGCGCUACCUGGUCCUGGCUGCCGACGGCUGCGGCGGCGCCAUCGUGCGCGACGUGCUCUUCCCGGUCCCGAGUGACUCGGCAGACUGCGAGGGCCUGAACGAGUUCCGCGAGAGGAUGAUGCGCGAGCGCCUGAGCCGAACAGCCACCCGGCUGCAGCAGAUUCUUCAAGAUCACAGAAAAGCCAAUACCAUGGUAGCAUUAAUGAAAGUUUAUCAAGAGGAAGAUGAAGUCUAUCAGGAGUUAGUUACCACGGCAACCACGUUCUUCCAGUAUUUACUACAGCCAUUUAGAGACAUGCGAGAAGUUGCCACCUCAUGUAAGCUUGGUAUUUUGAAGUCCCUGGAUGAGGAUGAGCUGGGUCCUAAAAGGGUGGCUGCCCUACAGAAGGAAGCCAGUGAAUGGAACAAACAGGCUGAAGAAGCUGUGGUCUCUAUCCAAGACCUCACUGUGGAUUAUUUUAAGGAGACAGUAACAGCAUUAACAGGAAUGCAGAAACAAAUGGAGCAGGAUCGGAAGAGAUUUGGCCAGGCUGCCUGGGCCACAGCCAUGCCCAGGCUAGAAAACCUCAAGCUCAUGUUAGCUCGGGAGACUCUGCAGCUUAUGAGAGCCAAAGAGCUGUGUCUAAAACACAGACAAGCUGAAGUCCGGAGAAAGGUGGAAGAUCUUCCAGACCAAGAAAAGAGUUUGGAUGUUGUGGAUGAGCUGGAAAUACAUUGUUACAAGAUUCAGCUGGAGUUAUACGACAUUAAGCUCGAGAUACUGAGGAAUGAGGAAAUGAUUCUUGUUACACGCUUGGACUCUGUGAAGAGACUUAUAACAGAGAGACAGGCUGAAGUGGUUUACUACGACCCAUGUGAAAGCCCUGAGGAGCUGAAGAGCCUGGCUCCUGACCUGGAGCUGCACCUUGGUGACAACAGUGAGCUGAGAGCACUCAGCCAGCAGUGCCAGCAGCUGGAGGCUCAGCGGGGCCGCAUCUGCUCCAGGAGAGCCCGCCUCAGGAGCAGAAAGGAUCAAUGCCAAGAAAAUCAUCAGCUCAGACUGCAACAGGCCAAACAAAGUGUGAGACAUUUUCACCAGCACCACAAUAUUCAGAUGAAAAGAGACAAAGUAAAAGAAGAGGAACAAAAGAAAAAAGAAUGGAUAAACCACGAACGCCAGAAAACACUUGAGCGGCUAAGAGCAUACAGAGAGAAGUGCCCAGCUCAGCAAUCUGCACUGAAAACGACUUGCUCAGAGUCCAUGGUGUCAGACCUGUCAGGUGGAGGUUCUCAGAAGAGGCUCUCAACAGCUCAUCACAAGAUAGCUCAUCCUGCCUCCAGCAAAACCGGAAGUGCUACUCCCCUACCUGAUGCCUAUAUGAAAACCCCUGAGCAUCCAGACCCCUGUGGCAGUAUCCCUGACCAGGCUGCUGUUUCCUUUAGAGACCAGCCACUCUCCCGAUCCAGUGAAGAUCUGUCACUACCACCACAGCUACCACCCCCUCCACCACUUCCCCCUCCUCCACCCCCUCUUCCUCUCCCUGCUCUGUCCACUUUUCAAGGUACCACUCAUCAGAAUUUAGGGCUCAGGACUUUGGCAACAGAGGACCAGCCACUGCCCCUAUCAUGUGACACAAAUACUGGAAGACCAUGUGACUGGCAGGAGGAUUUCCAGUGUCCAGGCUCUAUGAGUGAAGUGCUGGCCUCCCUCCGGCAGGACAGGGCCUCUCUCCGGAAAGUAGAAACGCACACACUGCCCGGUCCCCGCACCUCAGUCAAUGAACAAGUUCUGGCUGCCAUCAGGCAGGGAGUGCAGCUGAAGAAAGUCCACACGGGCCCAGGUGUGGAUCCCAGCAAGAAGAGCGGCAGUGACCUGGAGAGGAGCAUCCGGGAAGCCCUGAAGAGAAUCAAGAAAGUGUCCGCCGACUCAGAGGAGGACACUGAUGAGCAGAGCCCUACCGAGUGGGACGACAGGCACUUCAGCUGACAGAUGCAGGCAGGCCCAGAACCCCAGGUCAGCGAGGCAUCCCUGAGAAGCUGCAACCCUGGGAGGACACUGAAGGUGUGCUGACUGACACAUGACACCCACUGGUUGGUAGGCUGGACAUGGGAACAGUACUUUGUCACUCUAGAGUCACCGUCUGAUCCUGUGGGGACAGACCUAUGGUACACACUAGACAGUGUACUCCAACUGUAUGAACUGUUCAUCAGACUUCAAGGCUUGAGUGUGAACAUGAUUUUGGCAAUAAUCAGAAUAAAUUAUAUAUAUCACAGAAUUACCUUCAAUAUUUAAAUUUUAUUUUGUAUAUUGAACACAGGAACUCAUAAUAAACAAUAUUUAUAGUGCA